CACGGGGGAAUGUUUAAAUUAAUCAUUUGCUUUUCCUGUUAACAAUUGCUAUAUAAUGUUUAUGAGAGCAGAUUGCCGAUGAAAACUGGAGCAUACAAACUGGGAAAUAUCCUUUACUUUAGUAAUUUAAUACUGAGAUGAAUCAACCGUUUGAUAUUUACUCUGUGACCUUGUUUAUUUUGUUUUCGGCAUUAUUAUUUGAAAAUGUUGAAAGUGAUACUGCCAAGAUGGAACCUGAUGAGAUUAAAAACGAAUGGAUUCAAGAUUUUAAAUCCAAUAUUGAAACCUUUGCAGAAGAGGUUUUAAACAUAACGGAAAUUAAGAAGCAUUUAACAAAUAAUAGAAAAAAUGACGAAGUGAAGUUAAUUGACGAAUUGAUUGAAUUUAAUCGGAUAUAUAAGAAAGUUUCAUUUCGUUUGGCGAACGUUCGUUAUGUUGUAUUAAAUUUGUCGACUGCCAUCGAAAGUGAACUUGAUGCUCACGAACAGGGGCUGCCAUCUAAAGCAUUGGAACCAUUGCCUGUAUGCUGUAAUGUUAAUACGAGUCCAGGAAGUUACGAAGGCAGGCUUCGGCAAAACGUUGACCUUAACAAGCCUUGUAUUGGAACAAAGGGUGGUAAUCUGUUUCGAACUGAUGUCUGGGCCUCUCUACAACAUUUGCAGCAAAGCUAUGUGGAUACACCUACAGUGCUGUGGCAAUACUUCUCUACUACGGACGGUUAUUUUACACAGUACCCCUCCAGUAACCGUCACUGUGACAGCCAGGGGAAUCUCAUUAGCCCUCUCACACAGGAAUGGUUUGUGGAUAAACUGUUUAUGGAAAGGAAGAACAUUAUGAUAGUGUAUGAUGUAGGGGCUAGUUCUGACUUGGUUGUCGGUCCUGCAAACAUGACUGCAAGCACGUACAUCCACGAGGCCGUCCUACGUAUUCUGGAUACCUUGACACCCGAUGAUCAAGUGAAUGUAGUGGCCUUCAAUGACACAGCACAUGUUCCCACACAGUGUGGCAGCAGGUUAUUCGUAGCCAAUCAGGUCAACUGUGACAAAAUUCGUCGGUUCCUCAGCUUGACUGCUGUCCCUGGAGGUGGUUCGGACUAUACCAGCGGACUUCUGAAGGCGUACAACUUGUUGAUGUCAGAAAAGCAGCAGCUUCCUGACAAAUUUCGUACACUUUCAACUCAGCUGAUAUUCCUUACUGCCGGAAAACCAACUAACAUUGACGUUGAAAAACUCUUCACCACCAUUUCGAACAAACAACAAGCACUGGACAAGAAGGUUCAUCACUUUGUCUACACAUUUGACACAAGUCUUGGCGAAGGAGCGAAAGAAAUCCUAUCUGGCAUAGGACACCAAGAGCUGCCUGGAUGGCCGAAAGUUAGUAGUUUGAAUGUUACCUUUACGCCUCCUGUUGGCCCUCGUGGGGACUUCCAAUUAUACAAUGCAAAUGGAUUCGUGCACGGUGCUGCUACCUAUUACAACAAGUUAGAGUCCUUGGCCAAACCAAACUCUAGUAUUACUAUAAUCGGCCCAAAACCUGAUCCACAUUCCGGUCUGAUCAUGACUUCCACGAUUCCAGUAUUUCACAACAAAACGUUAUAUGGUGUGGCGGCCAUCGAUACCUCCCUGCCAACCAUAUUUGCUGAAAUACUUCAUUUCGAUAUUGGAGUUCAUAGCUACGCAUAUCUCAUGGAAAGCCAGCAUGGACACGUCCUGUUGCAUCCUAAACUUAACGCUCCUGGGGAAAUCCUGCAGGAAAGUCCCCUAUUUCCUCACUUGUCGGUGGUGGAGCCAACCCUGAACAAGGUUCAAGUAUUCAAUCUCACGCAUGCAGACACUGAGAUACACCAGCUCAGAGCACAGGUGCCAAUGGGGAGGAGCUCAUUCCAGUCUGGGACACCACUUGACAACUCGACGCCACAGAACGCCACACUAGUAUACUCCAAAAUAUACGGCACACAGUUUGUACUCGUCCUCGUCAAGUUUGACUUAGACAGAGAUAUCCUUAUUCCAAAACAUCUAGCUCAGGACUUUAAACUACAUGCCCCAUAUCAUCGUCUGGAUGAGAUAUUUCAGUCCCCGAUUCACAACAAGCCCCAAGACUCGGAUGUUUGUUCUUUCCAUGACAACUUCAUCGCUACUAAAGAGUCGGUCAUUAAGCUAUCGCCAUCAGUUUUUGUGCAUCCUGAGCAGUACAAGUACUCUAAAGAAGAUGUCAACCAGAUACUCGAGAUAAACAGCUUUUUGGAACAUUCUAAAAACACCACUUUAAUUAGACAUGAAAUAAAAGAGGAAAUUGAGCACAUUUUGAGAUCCACUAAUGAAAUUGAUGAUUUAUGGAGACCUACAGCCAAACGGGUCUUGGAGAGAUAUUUUGGAACACCCACGGGAGUUUUGAGAAUAUUUCCAGGGAUGCCUUUUCGAAAUACCUACAACCAUGUCCGUCAGUUAUGGUUUAGAAAAAGUGUUGCCCUACCACAUCAGUUUGUGUUUUCAUCAGGACCAUUCAGUCGCUUCCGUGACAGAAAUAUGGUAUUAAUGAGUAAAGCAGUAUCAGACAAUAGAGAGACGGAUUCCCAGAUUUCACCUUUGGUGAAACAGCUUCAAGGUGUGGUAGGCGUGGUCAUCUCACAUAGACAGCUUACCGCCAUGCUGUACCAGGUUUCAGGCUGUGGAGGAUCCGACCUAGAAUGUCAUCUACUGGAUAAUAACGGGUAUUUUAUAACCUCUGACAGAAGGGUCACAACAUCGCGUCACAUAACACAACGCUUCUCUUGGUUGGCGAGUCAUCUCAUAAAAACCAAAAAAAUGGAGCCCUUUUGGUGUACAAGACUGUCGGAGGGCCAGCAUAGGUUAUCAUACACGAUGAAAGUGACAUUUGACCAGAGAACACAGCCAAACAAGUGCCAGAGUUACGUCAUCGGAUUAGUGACGGGAACCAACUUGUAUCUGUUAGUCCUCUACAACAGGACCAAGUCUGGUUGUGAGAGAAGCUUCAAUGACACAGAUUCAUGUGUGAUAGGUGACAAUGGUCAAUGUCACGAGUGCCUAACCAGUAAUGAUCACUGCGAGAGUCCAUGUCAGUGUUCGGCCGACUUUGACCCGUGUUCCAGUCGCUAUAACCUUCAUGACACGCGCAAUACUGCCUGCUAUAAUGAUCCUCUUGUUGAUGAUCAAGUUCCGCCAUCUUUUCAACCGAAACCACCAAAGAGUGACGUCCCAAGUUGUUCUGUGCCUUGUGUUUCUGUAGAGGAUAAGGAGGAGUGCCUCGGCUUCCCACACUGUCAUUGGGGGGGAGAUGUUAUGGACUUCCCGACCUGUGUCUGGAGGAACAUUUCGGACCUUGCCCCUCCAACAUCAAAGAUGACCACACCAGGAGUACCAAUACCGCCAUUGAAACCCCCUCCGAAGCAGACAAUUAUACCUCCUGGUGCUGGAAGCGCUAUGCCAUCUAUAAUUGCACCAUUAAAGAUAACUACAACGAAUACUUCUCAAACUAUGCCGGUGAAUUUUCCUCCAACGAAAAUCUCAACACAUCAUCCAACAGCACCAAUGUUUAAUAACUACACAAACAUACCCUCAGUGGUACCAACGAAGAUGACAGGUUUCACUCCUGAUAUGAAACAAACAAAAGACAUGACAACCACAUCGACACAGACCACUAUUUCUCGUAGCUCCACUCCAUCCAAACACACCACCAGUGUAGAACAUCCAACCACGUCAACGAUUGAUCCUGCACACAAAACGACACCGUCACGACAAAAUAUGUCUCAAAAGAAUCGCAAAACUGAGAGUACUGACAAUAAAACCGGAUUAGUGGUUGGAUUAAUCGUGGCAGCUGUCGUAUUAACAUUGAUCGUUGGACUAGUUGUUUACAAAGUGAGACAGAGGCUGAAAAGUCAGUCGAAUGGUAAUUACACCAGAAAGGGCAGUGUAUUUGAUGGAGUUUUGUUCAAUAGAACCUCGGACGAAGCAGAGCUCACACAAACGUCUCAACCUUACCAACAAAUCAUGUGACCUUUAAAUACCAUUUAAAUGAGACCCAGAGGAAGUCGUAUGAUCUUAUUACAAUGGAAUCAUUUCAAGGGAGUCUUGGACCAUAAAACUAAUGUAAAAAAUAUCGUUCUUGGUAUGUGCCGGCCUGUUUGAUUGACGUCAAGAAAAAAGGAACUGAAAUUGUAUGGCAACCAAAUCCGAAUAGACGUUUCAACUAUGAUAUCACAAACGAAUGUUGUCGUAGGUUGCAUUGAAAUGACUAAGUGUUGUUGCACAGUUGGCGAUGUGGCCUCGUCUUUGGAGAAUUGUCAAUUUUGGUGACAUUUAUUUCUUUUUCUUUAAUUCAAUUAUCCAGUUACAGUAAUUUUAAAAAUGUCCAUGUUAUGUCAUAAAUAGCACUCAUAUAUUUCUGUGCUGUGUAUUUUAUUAUACAAAUAACAUUAUUAACCAUGUAACUCUUUCACUUGUUCGUAGGGUUUUAUACAAAAAUAGUUUUCCAAUUUGUCUUUGUUAUUCUUUUAUUAGUAGCAAGUUCUUGUAACAUUGCCAUGCUUAUUAUAGCGAUUUUGUUUUUAGUUUCUAAUCUGUAAUUGUGCUUUGACACUUAGGGAGACAUAUCAAGAAACUGUCAAAAGAAACCCAUAAUAACAAUGAUAAAAAGGUACAUUAUGUACAUUGAAAUAUGUUUGAGGUAAGCCAGGUGGAAAAUAAAAUAAAAUGUGUUAUAUUGAAGAUUUCAUGCAUUCAUAAACUAUAUACUGUAAAACAUGUACUACAUACAUGAUUUACUGUUUAAAUAAAAGAGUGUAUCAAGGUUUCACUGUAUACCCGCUGUUAAUUUACUUCUGGAAUGAUAGUAAGCCCUAUUAUAUGAGUGAUGUAUAAGAAUGACACUCAUAAGUAUAUCCUAAGUAAAUCACAACGUCGUCAAAACUCCUUUCAGAGGUUAUGUUGAAUCGAUCAUUACACCAAACUAAAGACAGCAAUUACAUGUAGACUCUGAAGCCUAUGUUCUCCAACUUGACAGUUAUCAUGAAAAGCAGUGCAGUGAACCUGAAAUAAACAUGUAAAAUAUUUAAAAAUCCAGAUGGUAGGAUAUCAAUUACCAUGUAUGGACAGGUGGCAAAGACAACAAAGGAAAUGAAUGUUUAUAGUUAGCAAGUUCAGACAAAAUUUUACGUAUCUUACUAGGCAUAACAAUGCAAAAGAAAACAGAAUAGGAACUUACAAUGGGUCGAGCACUGUUCCAACGAGAUGUUCACCAGUGAGGAAAACAUAUGAUGAUAGAUGUUGCAAAAUUAGGGCAAUUGCACGAUUACAUCAUGACAUUGCACAGAAACUAGCUUUAAUACAAAAUUGAACAAGAGGCCCAGGGGGCCUGUAUCGGUCACCUGGUUAUUUAAGCAAUCAUGGCCCAAUAUUUACAUUUGCUCUGUAAUACCAGUUAGUAACCACUUCAUACAUGUAGGGUAAGAACUUGGAAGCGUUACUAUGGAGACGUUAUAAUUCAUAAAGAAUUAAGGUUGUUACUAUUACUAGCACAUUAGUUGGGUUGGAGAUAAAAAGUAUGUGAUGGCUGUUAAUUUGUCGAAUUGUCUAUAUAAAUAAUACCAAACUUUACCCCCUCCCCAAAGGCAAACGAGGGACCUGGGGCACAUGAAAAUCACAAAGUAUAUAAACCACUCGAAGGCCUUUACAACUAUGAGUAGUAUAUCAUACUAGCAUUUCUGGAACUGCAGAAGAAGAUUUUUGAAAUUCGCCUCCUUUUUCACCCCAAACCCAGCCCCCUAGGGGGUCAGGGUAAAA